GGAGAUCUUCCUUGUUGAUUUGCAUCUUUUGGUUUCUCCCUCUUCGAUUAGUUCGGCCCUGCGUUCGUUCCUGUAAAGCCUAUAUACAUCCAGCCGAAUAGUAUCGCCUUGAGUUGGUCUCGGAAUCGGCAAUGAGGAAGAGCGAUUCUCGGUUGGCUUUUCUCCUCCUCCAUCUCCUCAUCUUCCAUUCGUUAUCCGAACCAGAAAGCGCCAUUGCUCCGAUGGAGAAGACAGAGCGGGAUGCCCUGUAUCGGGUGAUCCAAGGCUUCGUCGGCAGAUCCUGGAAUGGCUCAGAUCUUUAUCCAGAUCCCUGCGGCUGGACACAAAUACAGGGGGUGUCGUGCGAUCUUUUUGAUGGUUUAUGGUAUGUUACAGCCAUAAGCAUCGGACCUAUCCUUGAUAAUUCCCUCGAAUGCGCGGAGGACGCAGAGUUCAGUCCACUGGUUUUUCAGCUCAAGCAUCUCAAAAGCCUCUCCAUCUUUAGCUGCUUCUCUUCUCGUCGACAAACAAUCAUACCAACGAGCAACUGGGAGAAUCUUGCUGAAAACUUGGAAACCCUGGAGUUGCGCUCGAAUCGAGGCUACGUUGGAGAAAUCCCAGCCGACCUCGGUCAGCUUCGGAAUCUGCAGUCCCUGGUGCUGGUCGAGAACUCCCUUGUUGGGAAGCUGCCAAUGGAACUUGGCAAUCUAAUCCACCUGAAGAGGCUAAUGCUGUCGGGGAAUCAGUUGUCCGGGACAAUUCCAGCUUCGCUUUGCAACAAUCUGGCUGAGCUGUUGAUCUUGGACCUCAGCAGGAACUCUCUCACGGGUUCUCUCCCUUCUUCUCUAUGCAACGCUAGGUCACUGCUGAAGCUGGAUCUCAGCAAUAACCAAUUACAUGGAAGCCUUCCACCGGAGCUCGGAAAUCUCAGGCACCUCACGCUACUGGACCUCAGGAACAACAGCUUAUCUGGUGCUUCGUCGAAAUCUCUCCUUGGCACGGAGUCGAUUCAGGACUUGCUUCUGUCUUACAACCCAUGGGGUGGGAGUAUCGUGGAAUUCGAUUGGGAGAACCUGAGGAACCUUACCACCCUGGACCUUUCUCAUAUGGGCUUGACUGGGACGAUUCCUGAAGCUAUUGCGAGCUUGAAGAGACUGAGAUACCUUGCAUUGGAUAACAACCACCUCUCCGGCAGUGUCUUUUCUGAAUUAGCAACUCUGCCUUCUCUUAAUGCUCUCUAUCUCAAUGGCAACAAUUUGACAGGAGAGCUUCGGUUCCCCGAGAGGUUCUAUCGGAGGAUGGGAAAGAAAUUUGCUUCAUGGGACAACCCAAAUCUCUGUUACAAUGCUGUCAAGGGAAAUGUUCCUUAUGGUGUGGCACAAUGCAAGCAGGACCGAGAGCCUUCGAUCUAUGAUGACUCCAUUUCCAACGGAAGGGUAGACAAUGAGAAUCUCGACAAGAAUUCUGGUCUGGUGCCCUGCUUUUGGCUUCCUGCUCUGCCUUCUUCGAUUAGUGGCUUUUGGUGGGGAAUUGUUGCUCAGGAAGUGGUGAUCAUCAUGUUUCUUUUGAUCAUGCUCUUGUAAAUUUGCAAACCUGCGUAGGUAGAUAGUUCUAUACGUCAAUUUUUCUUCUUCUUCUUCUUCUUCUAAACUACUUGUAAUCAAGCAGAAUGUUGGUAUAGUUAUCUAACUACUGUCCCUUACCCGUU